AAAUAUUUAUCAGUUGGUCUACAAUAUUAGAGUUAAAUGUAGGACUAGAAUCAAAGUGCAUCAAGUUGCUCUUUUGUCCCCCAUGCAAAGUCUAUGGGGACUCUGCUCACCGUAGGGAAUCGACUAAUACGCCGAAGCUAGAGAAAUCCAAGCCAUGGACCCGGGAAAUAGUAAUAUACAAUGUGAUCCAGUUAACUCUAAUAAAAAUCAUGAAGAACAAAUGAGGCAGCAUUACAAAGACUUUGGUAAUAAGCGAGUUAUUAAGGUUACUGAUGGCAUAUUCGUGGCUGUGGGGUAUGGACUGGCUAACUCCAUUAUGUUGGAAGGACCCACUGGACUGGUGAUCGUUGAUGUCACCGAGAGUUACAAGGUCGGACAGGAGAUAUAUGCAGAAUUCAGAAAGAUAACGACCAAACCCAUCGAAGCGAUUGUCUAUACGCAUUUCCAUGCGGAUCACACCAUGGGUGGGCAGGCGUAUGUUGAAAAUGAGUCGAAAAUGCCAGAUAUCUGGGGAUACCAUACAAUGAUCGAUCAUCUGAGGACCGACCUCGCAAUCUGCAACGAGACUAUGAUGAAGCGUGGACUGCGUCAGUUCGGCGUACGCAUCCCGAGGAAAACGCAACUCGGCGCAGGAAUCGGGCCCCGACUAAACUUUAAUCCUGGGAGUGGGCAAGCGAUGAUAUACCCGAAUAAACUUAUGUACCAGGAAAAACUGACGCUCACGUAUGGAGGGCUGACGUUUGAAUUGAUCCACAUCCCGGGAGAGACACCAGAUCAAAUAGGAGUUUGGGUGCCAGGCAAAAAGGCAUUUCUACCCGCCGACGACAUAUACCGCGCCUUUCCCAACCUCUACGCAAUUAGAGGAACGCCCCAUCGAGACGCCAUGACGUGGGUUCGCUCCAUAGACAAAAUGCGUAAACUCCGCCCCGAGUUCUUGGUUCCCUGCCAUACCCUGCCCCAGUAUGGCGCAGAAAGCAUCUAUCAGCUGUUGACCGAUUACCGGGAUGCGAUCCAGUACGUCCACGAUCAAACUGUGCGAUAUAUGAACAAAGGUCUUUACCCCGAUGAGAUCGCUGAAUUGGUCCAUCUGCCCCAAAAGCUAGCUGAUCAUCCGUAUCUGCAAGAACUCUAUGGCACAGUGGCUUGGUCAGUUAGAGGGAUAUUCCAUGGCUACAUGGGAUGGUUCAGUGGGGAUCCCGUUGAUCUCAUGCCGCAAACAAGAACAUCACAGGCGGGUAAAAUGGUUGAGUUAGUUGGGGGAACAGAUAAGGUGUUAGAAGCAGCCAAGAAAGCUCUGUCUGGGGGUGAUCCCCAAUGGGGCCUUGAGCUCGCAACGUAUGUGCUCUUUGUCGAUCCUGAUAACGUUAACGCUAAAGAUAUUAAGGUUCAAUGCUGCUACGGACUUGGACCGAAAUGUCCUAGCACCAACGGUCGCAAUUAUUACAUCGCGUGUGCUUUAGAAGCGGCUGGUGGAGAUGGUCUGAAGAGUACACCUGCAACACAGAUGCAAGCGGGACACGCUCGUCUGGCAUUCGGUCUUCCUCUGGAUGACCUCCUCCUCUUGUUGACACUACGACUCAAAGCCGAAGCGUGUGCAGACUUCAGCAAAACAAUUGCAAUGAAUUUCACAGAUGUGAAACAGACAUAUUACCUUUGCAUACGAAACGCAAUGGUUGAGCUGACUACCGAGACACAGAGUAAUAUUAACGCAUCUGUCAACGUUGUGUCAACCGUUUGGAGAAACAUCAUGGCUGGCAAAGUGAAUUUUAAAGACAGUCUCCAGAAUGGCAACAUUAACAUCGAUGGUGAUAUCGGCGAUCUUCUGUCAUUCUGGCAGAAAUUUGACUUUAGAAAUUUCGAUUCAAAGUUAUAAGAAUUCAAAAGCGAGUUCCCCUCACCGGAGGUUCUUGUGUAUACAUGCAGUGAUCACAUACAUAAGGGUUAUGUACUGGGAGGUUUUAGAUACAGGGUUUAUCUCAAGGGAAAUAUAUGUAUCUCCCAGGGACCGCAGGAACCAAGUGACAUAUUCCCAGAGGGAUAAACCCUGUAUCCAAAACC